CAGGUGAGGGAGGGAGAGCGCAAGUCCUUAUUUAGCGGGUCUAUCCGGUGCGUCACCGCGGACCGUGUGAGCGCUGCGCAGCCUCGACUUUGACAAGUGCGGCGGCUUCAUUUAAUUACAAAUGGAAUAAAGACGACGAUGGAGCUCUUCUGGAGGAACUUCUUCUUCUUUUUAGUCCUGAUUACUGACAGGGUCUGGCACUCGCUGUCCUUCAAUGUCGGCACUUCAGGUGCCAAGAUUUUCAGCGGACCAGCGGCGGAAGAGUUUGGUUACGCAGUCCAACAAGCGACAAACCACGAAGGCAAAUGGCUCCUGGUUAGUGCUCCAUGGAGUGGUUUUAGUCGAAACAGGAAGGGGGAUGUUUACAAAUGUCCAGUCUCAGGGUCCAGAAACAGCUGUGACAAGCUCAAUCUUCAAGAUUCUGUUAGUAUUCCAAAUGUUAAAAACAUCAACAACAACAUGUGCCUGGGUUUGACUCUUACCCGGAUGCCUUCAGCCAAUGGUUUGAUGAUGUGUGGCCCUCUUUGGGGACAGCAGUGUGGCGCUCAGGACUUCUACCCAGGAAUAUGUGCAAGAAUGAGCCCCCUCUUCCAGCCUCAACCUGCCUUCUCUCCUGCCGUCCAGACCUGCGGAGGGCCUAUGGACAUUGUGAUUGUUUUGGACGGCUCCAACAGCAUUUAUCCUUGGGCACCAAUGACCGAGUUCCUCAAGAAAUUAAUACCUGCGCUCGACAUCGGGCCGCAAAGCACACAGGUCAGCGUCAUUCAGUAUGCAGUUGAUGCCAAGUUUGAAUUCAGACUGAACGAAUACAAAACCAAAGAUCAAGUGAUCGCUGCAGCGUCCAAAAUCACACAAAUGUAUGGCCACUCCACCAACACCUUCCAUGCCAUCCAAUAUGCCAGUCAGUGGGGCUUCCAUCAAAGCAGCGGCAGUCGGCCGAACGCCGCCAAGGUGAUGGUGGUCGUCACCGAUGGGGAGUCUCACGACGAAGCAUUCAGAGAUACAGUCAUUACUGAAUGCGAGGAACAAGGCAUCACUCGCUUUGGUAUAGCUGUCCUGGGUUAUUACAUCAGAAACAACAUCGACACAGAAAACCUGAUCAAAGAAAUCAAAUCCAUCGCCAGUUUACCCACAGAGAAGUACUUCUUCAACGUGUCGGAAGAGGCGGCCCUCUCCACCAUCGCUGGAGCACUGGGGAACCGCAUCUUCAACAUAGAAGGCACUGGAAAAGGGGGCGAUAACUUCAAGAUGGAGAUGUCCCAGGUGGGAUUCAGCGCCCACUAUUCCAGCCAACAGGAUGUGAUGAUGCUGGGAGCAGUGGGAGCCUACGCUUGGAGCGGGACCGUCAUCCAUCAAAAAGGGGCCGAAGUAGACAUUCUCCCUUUCUCAGCCUUUGAGGGAACACUUCAAGACAGAAACCACAGCUCACUACUGGGUUACUCUGUCACCACACUGAACGAUGGGUCAACAGAAUACUUUGUGGCUGGUGCACCUCGCUCCAACCACUCCGGACAAGUUAUUGUCUACACCGUCAACGGCCAGAAGCAGUCUUCUGUCAUUGAUUCAGAAAGAGGCAAACAGAUUGGGUCGUACUUCGGAAGUGUCCUGUGCUCCCUGGACGUGGACAGGGACGGGGUGACAGACCUCCUGCUGGUGGGUGCGCCCAUGUUCAUGAGCGAGCUGAAGAGAGAGGAAGGCAGGGUCUACCUCUUCUCUGUCACCAAGGGUAUACUGAACGAGCAGGGAUUCCUCAGCGGCCCGUCCCCAAGGGAGAACGCACGUUUUGGGAUGGCCAUCUCUGCCGUCCCCGACCUGGACCUCGACGGUUACAACGAUGUUGUCGUCGGUGCCCCACUAGAGGACAAACAAAAAGGUGUCGUCUACAUUUACAACGGGGACAAGAAGACAUUAAAGAAACAGUUCUCACAGAGGAUCUUCGGCUCCAAACUGGACCCUCAGCUGCAGUAUUUUGGAAGGUCCCUCGAUAGCUUCAGCGAUCUCAAUGAUGAUACUCUCCCUGACAUCUCCAUUGGUGCAUAUGGCAAAGUGGUGCAGCUUUGGUCCAGAGGCGUGGCGUCUGUCAGCUCUAAAGCUUUGUUCAACCCCAGUAAAAUCAACAUUUUCAACAAACCCUGCGACGUUAAUGGACGCAAGCUUUCAUGUUUCAACACCAACCUCUGUUUCAGCGCUGCAUUCAGGCCUAAGAACCCUGUUGGACCCAUUGAUAUAUCCUACACUUUGACCCUGGACGCUGACUUGCAGGCUUCACGAGUGACAUCCAGAGGACUGUUCACUAAGAACAAUGAACGCUUCCUCACAGAAAAUGUAAAAAUAUCAUCCACGCCUCUGUGUCGGGACUACCAGGUUUAUGUUCAGGAGACACCGGACUUUGUCAAUUCCCUCAGCCUGAAAGUGGAAAUCGAGCAGCAGAACGCAGACGUGAACCCCGUACUCGAUAUGUUUUCUCCCAGUGCCUGGGAGUUCUUUAUCCCCUUCACAAAAGACUGCGGCUCAGAUGACGUGUGCGUCAGCGAUCUGGUGUUAAGCGUGAAGACGGACACGAAGGCGUCCAGCUCCGCCCCCGUUCUGGUCAGCGCUAAUAACCGAGAGCUGUCGUUUGACGUUGUUGUGAAGAACAAAAAGGAGAACGCAUACAACACUCAGGUGUUGGCCACGUACUCCGGCAGCCUCUACUACUCAUCUGUUUUCCCCCCUACAGAUGGAGUCAAAUGCACCUCAACACAAACUCAAACUGUCACUUGCCAAGUGGGAUACCCAGCAUUAAAGAAAGACCAGGUGAUGAAAUUUCGGAUCAAUUUUGAUUACAAUCUUGAUCAGUUGCAAGACCGAGCCGAGGUGAAAUUUGAGGCCAAGAGUGAUGGUAAAGAGGAAAGACCUGCAGACAACAAGGCAGACAUAUCCAUUCCUGUUCUGUAUGAUGCAGGGAUUGGCCUGUCCAGGCAGUCAAAUAUCAAUUUCUACGUGGCAGAUGCUGCCACUCCAGUGGUAAAAACGGUGAAGACUCUAGACGACAUCGGCCCAGAGUUUAACUUCACAGUGAAGGUUUCAACAGGCAACUUCCCUGUCAGCCUCCUGUAUCUGACCAUCGCUCUGCCGAUGACCACUAAAGGUGGAAACCAGCUCCUCUAUGUGACCAGUGUGGACACACAGGGAGGAUCGGUCAGCUGUGAUUCCAGCGGCCUGGUUGAUCCUCUGAAGAUCAGCAGAAAGAGCCACACAGUGUCCUUCUCUGAGGAGAGCCUCCGAGGCAUGGAGAAACUGGACUGCAAGACUGCAAACUGCAAGUACAUCAAAUGCAUCCUCAAAGACACUGAAGUCAAGAGCGACUACUUUGUGAAAGUGAAAACGAGGAUCUGGAGUGGCACCUUCAUUUCGGCCACCUAUCAGACCAUCGAGCUGACCUCCAGUGUUGAUGUGGAGACCUCCAACCCGGACCUGCUUAUUAUCCAACACAAACAGCUACCAGUGGUGCUGACAGUCAGUAAACCUGGAGAGAAAGGCGAUGUUCCCGUGGGAGUGAUAGCUGGCAGCGUCAUCGCCGGGCUGCUGCUGUUGGCUCUGGCCGUUGGACUGCUGUGGAAGUUUGGGUUUUUCAAGAGAAAGUACCAGCAGCUACAGAGGGAGGCGGAUGAAGACGGGCAGAGCCGCACUAAUGCUGAUGAAGUGCUGUGAACUAAAGAGAAAACCUGCAGCAUUCUCUCUCUGCUGGAUUGUUCCCAGUAUGGAUCCUGGUACUUGUCACUGUCUCUCGUAAGUGUGGAUGGACUUCAGCUCAGUCACUGGAAGUUGGGCAUUUUGAUGAAAUGGAAGCUGUUCUGUUUGUGGAUAGAUGGGAUUCCAUCCUCUGUCCACAGGAUUACUACUAUUACACUUUAUUUUUGACUAUGUGGACUGUACAUUGACUAUUUGCUGUUGUGCACUGACUUUGAAUAAAUGUACAAACUGUAUUUUUUCCCAACAUGGCAGAACUUUAUGCAGUGCUUUUUUAGGCCUUACAUGACAGUGGAUGCAAAUGUUGCCAUCUUGAGUUUUACACUGUAAAGGCAUCAAAGUUAUGCAUUUCCUUUUGCGCAACAUGGUUCGCAAAUAACACUUAGAUGAAUCUUAUAAUCAUGGAUGUCAGAACAUUGACUUUCUAACACACACACACACACACACACACACACACACACACUGUAGCCAGUCAGUCUCUAGCAUAAACUGCCUCGACAUCCACUGUCACCUCUGGCACUCAGGGCUUUUCCUGCUUUAAGAUUAUUGCUCUCAGUAGUUUAGAUACAACCAGGAAACAACACGUUUCCUGGAAAGACUGUCAUUAGUCUGUUUCAUUGUGUUUGUACUGUAAAUACUGUAAGAUAAAAUUAGGAUCUUUCUUAUUGGGUUUUGUAAGAUUAGAGGUAAAUAUGAGUCCAUGGUGGAGCCACUUGUGUUAUUAAUUAUAUUUUGUGAUGUUCAUGAUAUUUUGUUUUUUACCGCUUGUGGCACAACUUGUCAGAUAUGAAUAUGUUAGUAGCGUCUUGUUUAGGUCUGCUUAUUGUUAAUUGAUCAAUGGUUUGGUUUUCAGAAAAUAGUCACAGUGUUUCAGUGUGAUGUUUUCAAAUUGGCUGCUUUGCCCAACAUGCAUUUCAAAACCUGACGAUAUCCUGUUUACUGCCAUAUGUCACUAAGAAAAGCAGUUUGAACCAGCAAAAGCUUUGCAGUUUUUGCUCAAACCAUUAAAUCGAUUAUCGAUUAUUAUUAUCGAAAUCGUUGCAAAUAAAUUUUCUGUUGAUCCACUUAUUGAUCACUUAACUAUUUCAGCUCUAGUAUUGUUUAUCUGUAGCACGAAAGAACACAGAACACUAUGCAAAUACUGUUGACUGCAGAGUGAACAGUCAUACUCAGAAAUGAUCUGAGAUUGUUACCAAAAGCAGCAACCAGGUAAAUUUACUCCUUAACUACUCCCAGCCUGUGCCUUUGUUUCUAUUUGCAGUUGGAGGUUUGUGAGGGCAAAGCUAAUCCUGCAGGAGCUAAACAUGUAUUGGCACCGCUUUGCCACAAGAUGGCAGCAUAAUAAAGCCCACAUGUAGGCACUGUUCUUUUACUCUCUCUGCUCUGUUAAUGACCUGAACACUCCAGUGUCAAUUAAUACAUCAUAAUUUAUGACCCA